AUGGUCUCCCCUUAAUUCAACACAUUCAUAGUCAAAUCCACAAAUCAUUACAAAAAAAUAAAAAAAAUGAGUGAGCUUUCCUACUCUCUCCCCUCUUGGGAUCUCCAUAACCUUGGAUCACUCUUCAACCAAAACUUCAAUCUGGAUGCAUGGGGGCUCAUUGAUGAAUCGCCGGAGCAUAUAUUAUGUUCGCCGGAGAUGGAUAUCGGGGACGUUUCCACCGGAUACCUUGAAGACGCACUCGUCGAGUUCAGUGGGAGAAGCAAACGGAGACGUCUCUCGUUCAACGGCGCCGAGGACAAACCAAAUAACGAUUUAGACCAUUCUCAGAAUAAUUGGGGCCUGUCUGAGAAUUAUAGUUGCACGAGUAGUCAGUUUGCAGUUGAAUCUCCAAAUUCUUCGAUCAAUAUAUGUUCAGGAGAAAAAUCAUCAGAUUUUUCAAAGAACUCUUUCGAACCAUCCUCGACCACGCCAAAGAAGAACGAAAAUGACGAGAAGAAGAGGGUGGUGUAUCCAUUUGGAGUGGUGAAACCAGGUGGUCGAGAAGAAGACGUAACCCUAAAUGACAUCAACAAGAGGAUUCUAAUGCCAUCGGCUCGGCCGGUUCGACAUCCGGUUGGAGACUAUGCGUGCCGUCCGUGUGUCUCUGCAGAUGGACCGGGUCUAUCAGGCAAAGCCGUGGUUGCUUUCACGAAGAUACAAACACUAGGGAGGGGCACAAUUACUAUCAUAAGAACUAAGGGAUGAUAUAUGUAAUAUUGGUAACUAGGCGGGGUCGUUAUAAUCUGUACUAUGGAGAUGUGAAAAUACAUUAAUCAUUGGUUGUCAUGUUUCAACA